GGUCAAUAAUGAGUCAAUCUGUUGAUCAAUCAGAAGGGUUCAUAUGGGAUGUGUGAGCAGUGAGAGUCUGUAUUCUGCACAAAGAGGCCAGAGAUGCAGCUCACACACUCGCUCUUCUGCCUGUUCGUGGUCGUGUCCUCUGCCCUGUCAGAGGACACAGUCGUGAACCCUAGAGGUGCUCGUCCUAUUGAACACGGUUACAAGGCACAAGAUACCUGUCAGAAAAAAGAAUGGCCUAUGUGUACAGAUGAUGACUGGGGAAGCAAAUGUCCAUCCGGCUGCCGAAUUCAAGGCCUCAUGGACAAAGCUGACCACGAUAUCCUCAAGAAGAUUGAGAGGAUUCGUAGUCUCCUGGACGAGGGCAAGAAACUUUAUCGCUCUGCUGAUCAAGUGUCCAAAAACACUUACACUUACCUAAGAGAGCGACUGACCUCUACCGCCGGUAAUGAUAACAGGUACGCCUCAUUGGCUGAUCAGCUGAGACAGAGAAUUACUGAUAUCAAGAUUAAAAUCGACCGUCAACUCCGGUUACUGGACGCUCUGAAGUCGCAGGUCAAAGAUCAAGUUAUUGUAAUGCAGCGACUUGAGGUCGACAUUGACAUCAAACUACGCACAUGCAAAGGCUCUUGCGCCAGCUACAGUGAGUUCACGGUGGACAGGGAGAGCUACGUGUCUCUGGACAAGCAAAUGGACCAUCUGGACACUAUGCGCGUGCAGAGUGUGGAGACAGUCAGUUCCCUGGGAAUCAUGAAGAGCAGGCCGUUGAAGGACGUGGUGUUACCCUCCAUAUACAAAAGUGGAACGGGUAAAGCCGAGCAGAAGCAGCUCCUCUUCGGGGACGUGGGUCAGAUGCAGCUUACUCUGGAGGCGGAAGGUUCCACUGCCGAAUCUGCCGCAACUGUUAGCAAGUUCCCCACAUCAGGUAUGGGCUCAACUUCCUCCUCUUCAUCGCAUACCUCCUCCUCCUCUUCCACCUCCACCGUCAAGCAGUGCACCAAGACAGUGCGCAAAGUGGUAACACACACCAAAGACGGCCCCGUGGAGAAGACCGAGGUUACGUCUAGCGGGCCCGGGUGUGAAGAUUUAGUAAAACUAGCAAUUUCUGAUUCCGAAUUUUUGACGUCACCCAAAGAUGGGAAAGAUCUGAGCCGUGGCAACACAAAAAUAACCAUGACUGGUGGGGAUGAAAAGUCUAUCACUUCUCUCACUCACGGCACCAGUGAUCUAGGCGGCUUCGGUGAAGACUUCUUCAAGGGGCUUGGCACUGAUACCCAAAGGUUAUCCUCAUCUUCAUCCUCCACAAAAACAGUCGUGUCAGAUGGAAGCAAAAGUUUCUCAAAGACCACCUUCUCUAGCGACCCAUUUUUUGAUGGGGAUGACCUCGGGGCGUUUAUGCGUGCUGAUGUCGAAGAGGAUCUGCCCGACAUCCACGCACGAAGUUUGAAAUCGAAGGACGAGCGCAAGGCUGGCUUUGUUGGUGGAGAUUGCGUUGAAAUCCAGCAGAAGCAUGUUAACGGCGGUCAGAGCGGCCUGUUCAAAAUUAAGCUGGCUGGGUCGGAGGAGGUAGUAGAGGUUUACUGUGACCAGGACACUGGGAUGGGGGGCUGGGCUCUGGUUCAGCAGCGGGAGGAUGGGUCUGUUAACUUCAAUCGCACUUGGAAGGAGUAUCGAAAUGGUUUUGGGCAGGUAGACCAACAGGGUAAGGGCGAGGUCUGGAUCGGCAACAUCUUUCUACACCUUCUCACUCAGAAAGAGAGUCUUCUGAGAGUUGAGCUGCAGGACUGGCAAGGGAACGAGGUAUAUGCCGAGUACAGUUUUAGAGUUGGCUCGGAGGCAGAUGGGUUCCCAUUGACCGUGUCCCAUUACACGGGGGACGCAGGUGAUGCGUUAGUGAACGGACAGCCUAAGCUUGGAUCCUUCCUUUCACAUGCUGGCAUGAAGUUUAGCACCUUUGAUAGGGACAACGAUAAGUGGGAGGAGAACUGUGCGGAGAUGUAUGGUGGAGGGUGGUGGUACAAUAACUGCCAGUCAGCCAAUCUCAAUGGGAUUUACUAUAAAGGAGGCCAGUACGACCCCAACACCAAAGUCCCUUAUGAGAUUGAGAAUGGUGUCGUGUGGCUGCUUUUCAAACCAGCUGAUUACUCUCUCAAAGUAGUGAGAAUGAAGAUCAGACCUGUCUGAAAAUUGAAAAAGAGGGGAUUUGGGGGGGAGAGGACAGAUAGCCAUUGCUUUGAAUGAUCAGUAUCAAUAAGCAUGCUUGUCAUAAUGUAAAGCUGUAAUGUUGCCAUGUAUAUUUUUACACAACCAUCAUACCUCAUGUUUCCAAUAAAAAUGUGUUCACUUUAA